CAUCACACAGGGUAACAAUACUUUAUUCUUCCUGCCCCAGUAAUAGAGAAACUGGGGAUGCCACAGCAGCCAAAGUGACCAUUUUGGGCUGCUGUGGGCUCAGGCUAGGCGGGAUGGGUGUGCCUAUGCAAACAAGAUCAGCCCCCUGAAGUUCUUUUCCUCAACUUGCCACAAUUCACCACCAGAUGUCAGGGUAGACCUCAUCCUGACUCUGCUUACACAAAGAAAUGCUUGGUUUCUCACAUCCUGGUGAUGAAGAUUCAGUAAUUUGUAACCAAAUGUGAACGCUUAGACGUGUUUCAAUCCAUGGACAAUGCCACUGCUUACUGUGAUGGGGCCAUGGUUUUGACACUAGAUAGCCAAAGAGGUUAGCUGAUUUUAGGUUUUUAACUAAUAAACACUGAUAAUAAAAACUCCCCAUCUGACUAAAAACCAAUUUCUUUUUUUUCUAUCAGCACUGGCCAGACACCAGUUACUCAAUUUGUGUUCCUUUCACUCCUUUCCCAGUGCAGCAUGAAAAUAUAGGCGAUGUCCCUGCACCCUGGCUUGUAUAUAAGGGCUUGUCCACAUAGAGUUGGAAUGCAGAUAUGGGAGCUAUGAUUUCUAAAGCGCACUAAUGUGUUGUGCCUGAUUCUCCUGGUGUUAUGCAUUAACGUGCACACUAAAGAGUGCUUUACUGUAGUGCUGUUUGACACAAUAUGUUAAUGUGGCCUCAGGAACAAUGCACUGCAUGCUAAACCAGGGCUUCAAUAACAAGGAUACAAAGCUUAAACUAACCUGUAAGUGUUUUUUAAAUAUAUAUAUAUAUAUAUAUAUAUAUAUAUAAACAUAGAUCCUACUUAGACAAGAAUUUUGGGGAGUACCCAAACCAUCUUCCCAUUGUCAAAGUGAGAGAAACUUGCCAUUUCUGAACAUCUACAUAGCAUUCAAAAAUUGCUAAAAGUAAUUCCCCCCCAAAUGAAAUUAAUGAAUCCUGAAAAACAGAAGCCCUAGUUCUAUGUUAUGUCUGAAUUUGCCAAUUGGGGAGCACAGUAUGACUGCCUUGGCAUCUCUUAGGAUAUGUCUACACUGCAGCUAGUAGCAAACCUCCCAGCCCAGGUGGCCAGAUCUGCAGGAGCUAGGGUGUUAAAAAUAGCAGAGUGGAUGUUGCAACGUGGGUGGCAUCUCAGGCUAGUGACCCCCCCACCCAUGGGUAUAUAUUGCCCCCAGUUACUAUAGUCUCUGAUGUGGUGCCAGUCCUUGACUAAUGCAUGGAAAGACUGGUAAAGCCAAGAGUUCAAACACCACAAGACAGAUUAAAUUAAUCCCAAAAGAUCUAUUUCCAAGGGGAUGAGCUCCUGACCUGGUGCAGGUAUCCCUAUCCUACAAAUAUAUAUGAUGGCAUCAUGCUGAAAGGUGCAGGAUACUGACAAGUGUACUCCCUGUGGGGUCAAUCAAUGAUGCACUCCCUUUUUAAUGGCAAUGCUACCACAGACUUGACCACCUUCCCCUCAGCCAAACCUGGACAGAUAUUUACCUGCCCCCAGAUCCAGCUCAGCACUCUGUUUAUCUUAGACUUGCUAUGACCCAACUUGCCUUAGGCCUUGAAGUAGAGCAAGCUGCUUUCUCUGCAGUGUCAUGUGCCCAGAGAAGCGACCGUGCUGUGAGGAUGAAAGCUUCUUUCAACCCCCUGUCAAUUUCAGAGGACAACCAAUGGAGAGAUGAUUUCUUCUCGGUGCUUUUUCUUGUCUAGUUGGCCUGGUUGGUGGAUGGGACACACACAACCCGUUCAAUAAGAACUCCGGUUGUGCCACCAGCAUGAUACUCAGAGCUCCAAUCCAGGUGUCUUGUCAGCUUGGUUCUGCCAUGCAACAGCAGUGGUUGGAACGGUGUAUUUGCUUUGCUUCUGGCAGAGAGGCUGCUAUUUGUCAGACAGAUUAUUCUUGUAAUAAUCUGAGUGUCACCAGGGUAUGCGAGGAAUGCGGAGGGAAAAGGGCACCUCCUUGGUGAGAGGCCGCGAGCAGGGAGACUGCAUCUGAACAGAGAAACCUGUUUGAUCUUCCCCUGAAGGGCAAGACACACCCACAUCUCCUCCUCAGAACAAGACUUGGCUUUCGGAAGCCAGCCCUAGCAGGUAACCCACUGCAGCUGCUGGGGAGUGUGAAGAAGAGACCUGCAGGAAGCUGGGGAGACAGCUCCAGCCACUUCAUACACCAUUCUCAAAUUCACCUUUGGGGGACACCUGAGCUGAAGAACUGCUACAGGUGGACUCAUUGCCUUGAACUGGGAACUGAAGUAGAAGAAAAUUUGAGAAAACCAUGAUGUCUCUUGGUGUCAGCAAAGGGGGUGUUAUUCCACCCAGUGAAGAAGAUCGCAAGAAGGUCAUCAGGCAGAUGAAGGUACGCACCACACUAAAAGGGGAUAAGAGCUGGAUCUACCCACAAAACUCAGACAAUGAGGAGGAGAUGAAGAGAAGCUCAUUGCACUUGCCAGGUAGGUCUGGAAAGAUUGAUGGGGGAUCCCCAGCCUUAGCAUCUGUUACACCCCAUGGUAACAGGUUGCCAGGUUCCAAGCCCACCUCUGGUUACCUCAUCAGGGGGGUGUUCACCAGGACCAUUGACAAGACAUCGCCCGAGAGCAUCUUCUAUUCCAAUGGCAUGCAGAAAAGUGCAGCAGCUCAGGAUAAGAGUGCCAGCCUCCCCCGCUUCUCCUCCGGAUACAAGAUGACAACUGAGGAUUAUAAGAAACUGGCUCCAUUCAAUGUCAGGCAAAUAUCAGUGAAGUCAGAUGAAGAGAAACCAGCUUUUUCCCCAGAUGAACAUAAGAAGAGGACAGAGGCAGCCAACAGUGUACUGAGGCGCACAGCCAGCAGGGAGCGCUCUUAUGUCCUCUCUGCUGCCAAGAAAAGCAAUGGAAGCCCAACACAAGAAGUACCACCCUUCAUUGCCAAGAGUGACAAAGUGGAUGAGGAGAAGCUUGUUGAGACUUCUCCAGCUGAAGCAACAACACCCAAACCCACUCUGGCUACGGGCAAAAGUGACAAACCAGUUAAAGAGGAGCCUGGCCUGAUCUCUUGGGAUGAAUCGGUUCCAAAAGCCACCACCAUUUCAACAGGGGAAAGGUCCAGCCCCCAAUCUAGAGACAUUCCCGCACAUCCCACUGAUGCCAGAUUCACAGCCCCUGGAUAUCUGGGUGAUGCAGAAUGUGACCCUAAAAGAUCUGUCCCAGGCUAUGAGGAGGGACGCCCCACAAGAGAGAUCAGAUAUGAUAGUACCAGAGCCACAGAGCACAAAGAGCCUGAACUGAAUGUGACAAAGUCCAGCCGUUCAUCUGGGGACAGCAGCGCUGUUACCCAAGCAGUCCGACACAAAGUUCCCAUGCACCUGGAUGAUGAAGAAUUUGACUUCAACAGGUCCAACUCUAAUUCUACAGAAAGCAAUGUUACUACCACUGACCCAAGACAUGGAAUCCCUGUGUGUAUGGAGGAUGGGGAAUUGGACCCUGAAAGGCUUUCUCCCUUGAAGGGCAACACUGAGGAUGCUGAGAAUGAGAACAUAUCUACUACCCAAUCUGAGCCUCCUACCACUAGAAAGCACACUGAGCCUGACGAGAACACGGCACAGCUUCCCUCAGCUUCAAGUGAGAGGAUCUCCAUGUCUACUACCAGCUUUCAGUACCACAGCCCAUCAGCCAUGGGACACAAGUCCAACCCCGGCGCUGCAAGCAAAGGGAUCCUCUUUGUGAAGGAGUAUGUGAACAGCCGUGAGUUAUCUCCCACUCCACACUACAGCAGUGACAGCCUGAUUGAUUUGUCUGACAUAGAGAGAGCAAGCUACCUGCACAGCAGUGCCUCCCAGAGGUCAUGUGAAGGUGUCUGCACUUACUGUGGCCGUGAGAUCCGAGACUGCCCUAAGAUAAUGAUAGAACAUCUCAAUGUUUACUGCCAUGAAUACUGCUUUAGGUGUGGGAUUUGCCAUAAGGCAAUGGGAGACCUCCUGGAUAAAAUAUUCAUUCAUCGUGACAUUGUCCACUGUGACCAGUGCUAUGAGAAGCUCUUCUAGAUCUUGAAGAACUGAAGGAGCCAGCCAGUUGGAAGACUUCAGCCGUGCCUGACUGGCUAAGAUACCAAAUCUCCUGCUCCCUCUUUCCUGGAGUUAUUUCCCUCUCACCAUCUUAUCACAAUGAAUUAGUUUAACAUCCAUUAGUUUAUUAGUCAAGGAUCUACAACCUAUCCUGAAGGACGAUCCCUCGCUCUCACAGACCUUGGGAGACAGGCCAGUCCACACUUACAGACAGCCCCCCAACCUGAAGCAAAUACUCACCAGCAACUACACACCAC